AUGGCCAUCUAUAAUCGAUGGGCUUUUCGACAACUUUAUAAUAAAUUAGAGGAACAUAUAUUUGAUGAAAAUGAUCGUGCUAAUAGUGGUCUUUUCUUUCGAUCAAUUCAUGGUACUGUAGUCCAUUUACUUUUAUUAAGUAAAAUUUGGUAUGCUCGUCUUAUUACUCCAUCAUCAUAUCCUCUUCAUGAUGAACAAUAUUCAUAUGAACUUAAUUCUUAUUGA